CUUGCUCAAUAUCAGCUGUUUGUUCCCCCUGCGGAGUGUAAUUGAGAAGAAAACAGGUUAUUUUGACGGGUUCUGAAUCUGAAAGGAUUCGCUGCAGCGAGAAGAGGUGGAGAUCGAUGCCGGGACCAUCGUGGUCUUUCCCACGAGGUCAAAGGUCGGAGCCAGCAACCGAAUCCCUCAUUCUCCUUCGUCACCUCGGUGGGUCGAUAUAUUGAUGAGGGGACUGAAUGAGGACGAUGGACAUUUUACUGCUGCUCGACUUCUAAAGCAACUCUUCGGUCUCUCAAAUUAAAACGCAUAUUCAAUUCUUCAGAUGUCAAUUAAAAUAUGUGUUCAAACGUGUCAGAAAGAAACAAUGACAUCACAAUACUUCCGCCCUGAUACGGUCAUACGGUACGGCAUCACCACACUAUGAUGUCACCGUACGCACACAGUACUUUUGUGCUUUUAGUGUUGUGUCAUGUGGUCCUGCACAUCUGUCCCCAUCUGGACACACACGUGGGAGGACCUGCAUUGGGAUUGUAUAGAUGUCACGAUGUCUCCAGCUCAGGAGUUUCUGUCCCCUGGUUCUUCUCCUUCUCCUCAUUUCCAGACCCAGAUUCUGGGACCGUGAACGCUUGUAGUUGUGCACAUUUUGGGACGCACAAAUUGUGAUAUAAGGGGACUGUUCUUGUAUAAACUCCCCCCCAAAAGUUAGAUAUGUCUCGCUAAAAUGAGCAGGACACAUGUCCUUUAAAUAGACUUUGUUAUUUCUUUCACUCCACGAAGCCUCUACUGACUUUCCUCAGUUCCCAUAUUCUUUAUCCGGCUAAAAUAUUAGAUUGUAAACUGAAAUAAGUUAAGUGAAUAAAAUAUUGGGUUGGAACCCAGAAGUAAAGGCAUCUUCAUUAGACAGAAGUAUUCUUCCUCAACUCCUCCUCAUCUUCACCGCUCUUCUUCUCCUCCAGGCAGGUUUUUCGGACUGUUGCGCAUCAAGUCGCUCAGAAUGAGAACUGAUUCUUUCGCUACGAAAUAAAAGCACAAAAGGAGGAAAAUAUGGAAAGAUGCAGCCACUAAAUAUGCAACGUGUAAAAGGAGAGCGUUGUGUCUCCAGAAGGACGCCUGCGUAAAUAGUUCUAAAUGUGUAUUCAUACGAUCAAACACAGAUAUCUUUCUAAAGUGUAAUUAACAAACAAAAGUUAAUUUGAUUAUUUCCAAAGUUUAUUUUGUUUUGUUCGCUGUGGCUAAAAUAUCAGGAUCUUCCCCGUUAGCCUCGUAUGGUCUAUAAGCCUUCCAUAUGUAAGAGAACACAGAUUAAUUCAUUGAUUUAAUCCUUAAAUCCACGUCGUCGGUCUUGUGGUAACGCGGGCUUUCAUUUUGAUGGGGCUGAACCGGAUGUCUCGCCCGUUGCGCUCCGGCGGGGGCGACACAUUUCUCCACACAGCUGAGUCUCCUCUCCACCACCACAUAAAAAAAAAAGAAGGGAAAAGCUCGCUCGCAGUCAAAAAAAACAAUGAGGGGCGCAGGACGCGCGACUCGCUCCAAGCCUCUCCAGCGGCGGCGCACGGUCCGCAGCGCGCGCGCACGCGCUCCGACCGCCGGGUGAAGGACCGCGGGAAUAAAGCUCGACCGUCCGCGGAGUUUGUUGUUGUUGUUGAUGUUGUUGUUUGCCCGUAGUUGCGAGGAGUAACCAUGCCUUUCUGCAAACGGACGAUACUUCCGAAAGACGUGUGCAAGCGCGACGCGCCCCUGCGGCCGCGGGCGCGUCCGCCCGCGCGCUCGCGGCAGCGGGCGGAGAUCUUCGGGGACUUGGCGGACGUGUGCGGCUUCGGCCUGUGCUCGGUGCUCCGGCAGCUCUCGGAUCUGUCCCGGGUGUCGGUGAGCAUCCUGGAGGAGCUGGAGGGGGAGCUGGUGUCCGUCUGCCGCCGGUCCGGCGCGCUGGAGGGCCGAGCGGCGCGGCUGCAGAGGCACGUCGCGCAGCUGCUCAGCAAGCCUCCGCCGAGAACGAAUUCUCUGGAAGCCACAUUCUUCCUUCUGAGGCCCGAAUGGUUUUAAAAGCUCAACCAAGGACGUCACGGCAGGUGUUUUCUCUCAGCGGGGUCGAAGGCAACGCACCUGCUGUGACAUCAGCAAGUUCGGGGCGUCGGCUUCCCCGUUAAGAGGCGCCAACGUUGUCUGCUCUCAUCGGAGUCAUGAGGAGCAAAGUCCCAUUUCUCCCAUUUUACCUGAAUGCUGCACAGGAUGAAACACUCUCUCUGGUUUGAGGGGGAAGAAAUCAAGCGCUCCCACGGCACUAUGUGAGGAAUGCUUCACUCUUAACUUUCCCCUCCAAAUGCUGUAAUGAAAAUCAAAUGGUUGAGUGAGAAAGAGCCUCUCCCUCCCCCUCUCCCCCUCUCUCUCCCCCUCUCUCGUUCCCACGGCUGGACAUCGGCUUCGUGACUCAAAAUCCCUGUUUUUUUUGGGCCCCUCUGAAAUUCCCCUUCUGUUCGUUGCUUGAUUCUUCUGCUUCGCUCCUCUUUUUCCUCCGACGCCGACAUGCAGCAGGAAGAAAGGAAGAAAGGAAGAAAGGAACUCCUCCAGAAGACGCCUGGUGUUUGGAGAUGCGCUCAGUCCUCCUCCUCCCCCCCCGUCCUCCCCCUCCACCGCUCUUCUUCCUAGCGGCGGUGAUUCACGGGUCCGCUCCUUUUUAAAAAGUUGACUUUAAUACUGCGAGCUGCCAAAUGGCCAGAAGAGCAACUCGCCCGGCGAGGGAGACACUGUGAAUGCUGCCAGGCGUCAGCGAAAGAAGCCGAGUAGAAAUCUUCUCACGUCUUCCGUGACCUUGUGCCCUUUGCUGGGCGGUGAAGUGCAAAGUAUUAUUAUUUUAUUAUUAUUUUACAGUCCACCCGGAUGAACCUCAAACAUCUGCAUAACUUUAAUGGACAAAAUCUUGAGUUGUCCUUUUUCGUUCACAUACAUUUUUGUUUAAGCUGUUUACCACCAUUGAUGCUGACUGACACACACACACACACACACACACACACACACACACACACACACACACACACACACACCCUCCCCCCUCAGAGGAGCGUUUAAACACGGCACAGAGAAUCGGGGAAAGUGCAGAAGAAGAGAUGAAAGAUAUUUCUUGGAGGAAGAGGAAGGGUGAAGAUUGACAGAAGUGGAGGGAUUACAGGCGAGC